CGCGCCUCUCUUGCUUCCCUGCCCUGUACUGUACGGCAAGCAAGACGAGAGCGCGCGAUCGCCGCCGGGAUGUGGAGGCGACGGCUGAGCGCCCUUCUUCCUCGAUCCCCCUCCGCCCCGUCCUCCUACCAGCAGAAGCACCGCCCCAUCCUCCUCCCCAGCCCCAAUGAGAAACCGCCUGCUCUGAAUCUGCUCAGGCUCUUCACAUCCCUAGCUGGAAGCGAUGGUGAUAGACCGUUCAUCGCUUUCGUCUUAGGGGGGCCUGGCAGUGGGAAAGGAACACAAUGUAGUAGGAUUGCUUCGGAUUUUGGGUUUGCUCAUGUGAGUGCUGGCGACCUUCUGAGGAACGAAAUAUCUUCUGGUACCGAUAAGGGGGAGGACAUCCUAGAGACAAUAAGGGAGGGGAGGAUUGUUCCUUCAGAGAUAACUGUUGAGCUGAUCAGAAAGGCAAUCGAAUCAAGCACUGCUAAAAGGGUUCUUAUUGAUGGCUUCCCAAGGUGCGAGGAAAACAGAAUUGCAUUCGAGAAAUUAACUGGAACUGAACCAGACCUUGUGAUUUUCUUUGACUGUCCUGAGGAUUUGAUGGUUAAACGGCUCCUAGGACGUAAUCAGGGACGAGUUGAUGAUAACAUUGAGACAAUCAAGAAGCGUCUAAAAGUGUUCGAGAGUUUGAAUAUGCCUGUUGUCAACUACUAUUCUUCAAGGGGAAAGGCUCACAAGAUAAAUGCAACAGGAACUGCAGAUGAAAUUUUUGAAGCAGUCCGCAAGUUGUUUUCCUCCUUAAGGUAA